GUCACAUCCUCCUUGACUGUGCAAUUUCCCUGUGAAGGGAAAAGCUCUUGUACUGUCUUUUGUGAGACAUUUUUUUUUACAUAAUAUUUAAAACAGUAUUCAGAUAACGAGACAUCAUGUUUUCCUUUAACAUGUUUGAUCACCCGAUCCCGCGAGCCUUCCACAGCCGCUUCUCCACUCAGUACCGCUGUUACUCCGUGUCCAUGCUGGCCGGGCCCAACGACCGCUCAGACGUCGAGAAAGGCGGAAAAAUUAUCAUGCCCCCAUCUGCACUGGACCAGCUAAGCAGACUUAAUAUCACAUACCCUAUGCUGUUUAAACUGACCAAUAAGAACUCAGACAGAAUGACACACUGUGGUGUUUUGGAGUUUGUUGCUGAUGAAGGGAUCUGUUACUUGCCUCAUUGGAUGAUGCAGAACCUCUUGCUGGAAGAAGGAGGUUUGGUCCAGGUUGAAAGUGUUAAUCUAAUGGUGGCAACAUACUCCAAAUUUCAGCCCCAGAGUCCAGAUUUCUUGGACAUCACAAACCCCAAAGCUGUACUAGAAAAUGCAUUGAGAAACUUUGCUUGCUUGACUACUGGUGAUGUUAUUGCUAUCAACUACAAUGAAAAGAUCUAUGAGCUGCGUGUCAUGGAGACCAAACCGGACAAAGCAGUGUCCAUAAUUGAAUGUGACAUGAAUGUUGACUUUGAUGCUCCACUCGGUUAUAAGGAGCCAGAGAGACCCACACAGCAUCACGAGGAACCAACAGACGAAGAGACAGAUGCCAGUAAUUAUGAAAUGGAUAUCGGAUUCAGAGCUUUCACAGGCUCUGGAAAUCGCCUUGAUGGAAAGAAGAAAGGCAUUGAUCCAAAUCCUUUCCGCAUUGUUCCAAGUGACAUCAAACGGGGUAUUCCGAACUAUGACUUCAAGGUUGGGAAGAUCACCUUCAUCAGAAACUCUAGACCACAGCCUCGGAAAACAGAGGAGGAGGACUCUUCCACUAGCUUCAUUGCAUUCUCGGGAGAAGGCCAAUCCUUGCGCAAGAAAGGCAGGAAAUCAUAAUUCAAUCCCAAGUUGACCAGAAACUAAUAAUAAACGCAUCUUCAUUACAAAUAACUGCUAAUGUAUUCUGUUUUUAGAACGAAAUGUCAAAUUUCCGAUAUUCUCAUGGAUUAAUUUUUUACUGAUAAUACAGGUUUUUGUCACACACUAUAAAGCUCAUAUUCAUUACAUCCAGUGUAAAUCCAAUGACCAUAAAUUUUUUAAAUUAAUUUAUAUAUGCAAAGUUAACAUCAUUUGAAUAAAGAGCCAAUGAGCCUACUUUUGA